AUGGCGGGGCUGCUGAAGACCACUGGCCUUAUGGGAUUGGCUGUAUAUGAGAGUCCACAUGAGGAACCAGAUGUUAAAAAAUUAGGAGAUCAACUUCAGGGUGGACAAAUUGAAGAAGAGAUUUUUCAGGCAGAAAAUGAACUAAUUCUGGCAAGGAAAAUGAUACAGUGGAAACCGUGGGAGUCUUUAGUGGACGAACCUCCUGCCAAUCAGAAGAAAUGGCCAAUAUAA